AGUACCUUUAGUAAUCCACAUGAUGGCGGCAUGGAGCCCUUUUCUAUUAAAAGACGAUCACCUGAACUUAACCAGAUCAUCUGAAUUCCCAUCAAGAACGGAUUUAAAAAAAAAAUAAAUAAAUACCGAGGUGGUGAGUUUAUCGAAGCUGCAGAUUUUGGAAAAUUAUGUAAGGUUUUCAACCAAAACAUUUUAUUUUUCUGUGGGCAGGUUCGACCUUUACUGAACAUUGUAAGAUUGGUACUGACUUGUUUCAACAACCGUAAAUAAAAGUAUUAAGUUAUUCAAAAGGUUUAAUUGUUCCCUAAAUUGAGAGAUUCAUUAGUAAACCAGUCUCGGGAGAGUCAGCGCAUAAUGAGCUGUGCGUCCUUAGUGGGCUCCGUUUGUUCUCCGGGUUAUUCUCACACCCAGUUGUCAAUCUGCAGCCUCCCACGUGGUCAGGCAGGGCGGCGUAGCCACACCAGUUUAUCGCGCAACUUUUAGAAAGGAAAACAUCUGAUCCAAUCGUAUCCCCGCAGAAAGCUCCGAUGUGAGUCUUUUCUGGUUGGUCUCCGCGUUGCUCCCAUCUGUCCGUGGUUCAAACCCUGCGCGCACUGCUGCUUCCUCUUACUCCAGGACAAAUUUAGGAUUGCGCUUUGAAGCCUGAGCCCACUGUGCUGCUGUCUGGUGUUGUUACUGAGUCAGGAGCGCUGCUUACUUACUUCACCGAACUUUAUUGCAACUUGUUGACAGGACUGCAUCAACAAAAAGAAGGAAUUUCGGUUUGGUUCUGGUCACCGUUUGGGAGUUUUGAAGCAUGGAGAAAGCCAGCAGCGGGUCUAACGGGGAAAGCAAGCCGGUGUGUCAGUGUGCCACCAAGUCUGGAGUCCAGCAGUGGCUGCCUGGCUUUCCCAUCGCUCUCUGCCUGCUCAUGUCUCUGAGCUCAGUCACCGUGUGUCUAGUGAUGAGCUUCAGGACCCACCGGCUGGAGAACCGGCUGCACAUGGAGAUGGACAAGGCGCCCAUCCUCCAGGCUCCGCAGAGGUCUUUCAAGUACGAGGAUGGGACUCUCGUUUCAGAGCUCAGCGCCACAGUGGGAACGCUUGUGGAGGAGAAAGUGGCAGCUCUGAUGCCGAAAUUGCGGACCGCUAGGGAUGUUGGCCAAGAGUGCUCCUGUCCUCCAGGGCCUCCAGGAAAACGCGGACGCAUCGGAAGAAGAGGGGAACCUGGGCCUCCUGGCAAGGUUGGACGGGAUGGAUACCCGGGGCCUCUCGGCUUGGAUGGCAAACCAGGCUUACCGGGUCUCAAAGGAAGUCAGGGCCUGCCCGGACCCAAGGGAGAGAAGGGCGACCAAGGAGACAUUGGGCCAAGGGGUCCUCCGACCUACAGCACAUACGCAGGUCUGCACAGUAAUCAGAUCGCUGUCAAGGGUGAUCAAGGCCAAGCUGGACCCGCCGGACCUCCCGGUCCUCCUGGGCCUCCUGGCGCCCGUGGGCCCCCAGGAAACACCGGGAAGGAUGGGCCUGGUGGAGAGCCGGUAAGGGCAUCCCGAGGGUGCAGGAAGCUCCUUUUUACUCCACGUUGCAGAGUGCUCAUCAGUCACUCUGCUCACAUCUCACUAAGGUUGCACCGCAAACACCAAGCUCUGUGUCAGUCUGUCACUUGGGGUAAGGGUCUUCUCUGUAAAAAGCACUUGAACCCCGAACCUCAUUCUUCUGCAUUAGCCUGUGAGCUGUGGUUUACCUAG